ACUCUCAUUCAGUCCUUUACUGCCUUCUUCAUCCACAUUCACUUCUUUACAGGCCAAACACCUCUACAAUUCGCAAUGCGUUCUUACCUUAUUCUCGGGGCUGCUGCCCUCGUCGCCGCUUCCCCUGCUCCUCAGGGAUUCGACUUCGCCGCUGUUGAUGCUGUUCAAGCUCCCGCCCAGGGUCCUCCCGUUGGUCCUGGUCCCGCUGAAGAUGUCUCGUACAACCAGGGCGAGGCUCAGGGCCAGGCUGCUGCAGCUGCUGCUGCCCCGGCUUCAGCUCAGCUCGCCAAGAAGAGUGCUGGUGCCGAUCUUGAGGCUCGUACCUUUUGGUGGCUCAAUCCUAAGCCGGUGCAGCCCAACCCCGGUUACCCUGUUGUAACUCCUGCGCCUACUCCUACCACUACCGCUGCGCCUACCUACAACCCUACCUCCACCAACACUGCUCCGGAUGGCUGCACGCCAGUGAGCUGGACCAAUACUUGGGCUUUCACUGCCGACCCGGCAUGCCCUACCGCUAUCGAGGUCGGUACCUACUGCGGCUUCAUCAACCCUCUCGACCCUUGCGCUGCUCAACCCAACGCUUACGGACCUCCCACGGUGCCCGACACUGUCGACGCCUUCAAGAGCAACACUGUCUACUCUGACCUUGCAAAGAACGCUAAGACCCCCACUGGAUACGCUCAGGCCUUCUCCAACCUCCAGGGCUCCGUAGAGGGAAGCGGAUACCUCUCCUACAAGCUUCUCACCUCGUACGACCCCGCGGCAUGCGCUGCCUACUGCGAUGAGACCAAGACAUGCACUGGCUUCAACAUCUUCAUCGAGCGUGACCCCAAGUUCAACCAGGAGCAGUGCAGCUGCCAGGCAUCUUCAAUCACUCAGUUCAAGUGCUCCAUCUGGGGACAGGAAGUCAAGAAGGAGGCUGCUACCAACAAGGGCGGCAACCAGGGCGGCUUCGAGGUCGUCGUUGUCGGUUCCAACGGUUACAACAAGGCGACUUACACUCCUCCUACUCUUCCUCCUUCGUGCAGCAAGCCCCAGGACUGCGGCCACAAGCUCCACAACCAGCAGCCUUACUGCAUCGGUCAGAAGACUUUCCCCGGCCCCUUCGACCCUACUCUUUGCUACGCGUACGCCGCGAAACAGAACAUCGUCAACAAGAAGGCCGGAUGGAUCAACUUGGUAAUGAGCAUGUUCGGCAUGAACAAGUCUGCUUGUGUCCAGUUCCAGGCUGCCUACAUUGAGAAGGCUGGACAUGGUGUCGGUACCCACUGCCGCCUCUUCACUAAGAAGUUCUCCUCUUUCCAGGCCAACCUUGACAUCUCCGUCGGUGGAUCGGCCAACUUUGGUUGCCAGAAGUCCUUCACUUGGGACCUCGACGUCAAUGCUAGCUUCGAUUUCAACUGGAAGCGCGACUUGAACGAGACCCUCGCCAUCAACUUUGAGUAAGCGGUUCGAGAGAGGUAUGAAAACGGUAGUUGGCAGCAUUGUGCCGGCGAAAAUCGGUUGAGCAUGGACGGAGUUCUUUUCAGUGUGGCAUAUUUGAUGACCUUUUCCUUGGAGCUAUUGCUCUCGUCCGAUCCUUAUGACCUUAUUAGAUAAAAAUUAUUAGUGUAUUGUAGUCAAUAAUAUGGAGCGUUAUGAUUUAA